AUGAGUCUGAUCACCCACAAGAGGAUCUUUUAUGUGAACUCACUGAACAGGUUGGCUGGCACGAUCUCGCACUUCACUUAUGCGAUCGAGAAUUAUGAACACGAUGAGUUCGAUCGCGUUGCCAUCUUGCAAGCAUGCAUCCCCAAGUCAUUUUACACUGUGCCAAGGAAUAGAAAUACACUUACACUUAGAGAAGGCGAUGAUGAGGUGCUCAUAACAAUACCUGAUGGCAACUACUCGAGGCUCUCGCUCCAAGACACGCUGCAGACAAUAUUAACAGAUCAAUCACCCAACAAGUUGACCUACUCGAUCACAUGGCCAACAUCCAAACAACCUAAUACUGGCUUCAAUCAGGACAGCAUCAAUCGCUUUGAUGGCGGCGAGCUCACUAGCACCAACGUGAUCGACUUGCAGAUCGAGAACAUAUUGUACAUCCACUCGGACCUAUGCAGCAAUGGAUCAGAUGAUGUCCUGCAAGAGGUUUGCACGGCUGGCGUCCCUGACUUUGCGUAUGUAAACUGGACAAACCACAACUUGGAGGCAUACUCUAAGCAGUUGGUAUCAAAGACUAAAAAGACGUUCUACAUAUAUUUAACAGACAAGGAUGGAGUCGAGAUCUUCUUGAAUGGCGUCGAUAUGAACUUGACGUUGAUAUUGUACAGGCGCAACGACAUCUACGAGCUGACACGAGGAUAUAUUAAUUAUUUGUUGGUCAAGGAUCAUGAGAGUAUCGAAGUGAAUAGCGAAAUUUGA